AUGUCUUCUCAAGCGCUCAUGACGGAUCUGUACGACCCGGCGCUGCUGGGGAUCCUGCAGCACGUCGGAGACAUCCAGAAUUUCCUGCAGGUUUAUUUCGGGUUUCUGUACCGAAAAACCGACUUUUACCGACUUCUGACGAGUCCAGCCGACAAAAUGGGCUUCCCUCCCGGCAUAGCCGAGAAAAUGGUGCUCAAGACCUUCAAGGCUUUCGAGAGGGUGGCGCUGCAGGACCACGAGAGGAGUGUGCGGGAGGCGGAGGAGAGGCUGAGGAAGCAGCAGCAGGAGGAGGAGAGGAGAGCAGCGCCCCCUGCAGUGGGGGAGGAGGAGGUGGUGGUGGAAGUGGAGUCCACAGCCGAGGAGUCUGAACUGGAGCAGGAGAAACCAGUACAGGCAGAGCCCCAGUCCCACUCCCAGUCAGAACAGCCGCCCAACCCUGCAGCCAGUGCCAGCGGCGACCAUGACACCUCCGGGACACAAGGGGGCGCUGUCUCAUCCCAGCCACUCAAGCCAGACGCAGCCAACCCAGAACAGGAUCAGGAGCUGUUCCAGGCAAACCCAGACAGCUACAACGGAGCAGUGCGGGAGAACUACACCUGGUCCCAGGAUUACACGGACCUGGAGAUCAGGGUGCCCGUCCCCAAGGACGUGGUCAAGGGACGGCAGGUGCUGGUGGAUAUCCAGAGUGUCUCCCUGCGCGUGGCGGUGCUGGAGGGAGGCAGCGAGAGGGUGCUGAUGGACGGGAGACUCACUCACAGGAUCAACACGGAGAACUCUCUGUGGAGCCUGGUGCCCGCGGAGUGCGUCCUGGUGAGUCUCAGUAAGGUGGGGGAGUGCUGGUGGCAGGCUGUGCUGGAGGGCGAGCAGGCGAUUGACGUGAACAAGAUCAACCGUGAGCGCAGCGUGGCCACCGUGGACGAGGAGGAGCACGCCGUGCUGGACCGGCUCACCUUCGACUACCAGCGCAAGCUGCAGGGCAAGCCACAGAGCCACGAGCUGAAGGUGCACGAGAUGCUGCAGAAAGGCUGGGAUGCCGAGGGCUCCCCUUUCAAGGGGCAGCAGUUUGACCCCGCCAUGUUCGACAUCCCGCCGGGGGCCGUGCAGUUCUGAUCGCGACCAGAGGGGGGCGCUGUGGGAGCAGACCCUUGAGGGGGGGGGGGGGGGGGGGUUUAGUUGCUGCUGGUUUUGCAUUGUGAAUAAACACAUGUGGACCUGCUGCCAUGCAGAGCCCUGUUCACAGCGCUGCGAAGGCAAAUCUGCGUCGACAAGAGAAUAAAAACGUGAAUCAAACCAGGUUACCAAGAUGCACUGGGGCUGAUCAAGCUGGUAGUAAAACCUGGACUGGGUGUAACUGCUAUGCAAUAGGAGUGAUUUCCAUGCCUAUUAUUAUUAUUAUUAUUAUUAUUAUUAUUAUUAUUAUUAUUAUUAUUAGUUGUAGUAGUGUUGCAGGGAUGGAAAUAAGACUCCCAUUGCAUAGCAGUGUGAUCCAUUCCUGGUUUCACUGGGAGUUUAAUAAUAAGACACACCUGAGCUUGUUAGCUAGACACACUGGGGCUGAUCAAGCUGCUAGUAAAACCUGGACUGGGUGACACUGCUGUGCAAUAGGAGUUUUCUUUCCACGCCUAAUACUUUUUUGCAUUAAAAGUGGGGGUGUCGUGACGCACUGAUGUCACGAUACGAUACAGUAUCGCGAUAUGCAGGUCCCGCUACGAUCUGCAUCCCGAUUCAUGCCAUGAUCCUGAGCAGCUACUUGGAGGAGGAAUGAUCAGAUCAAAGCAUCAUUUAAUGAGGGAUGGUUUUGUUAAAAGACAAAAAUGAGAGAGAGAGAGAGAGAGGAUGCCUUCGUCAGUAGCAGCUAUCAAACGCAGAUUCUUCAUUCGAGAAGCGCUCUGUGAUCCACAGUGAUCCGCGCCCGUGUGUUUUUGGUCUUGUAGUUUCAAUGCAGAUGAUCCUGGUUUAUUUAUUGCUCGUUCAUUGCUUUUAAUUUUGUUUUGUUUUCUGAUUUCUGAUUUUCGUGCCUGUAAUGUAAAGAGCCAUAAAAAUCAAAAACGUGAAUAAAGUUCUUGAGGAAAUCCA